AUGUUUACUCCUGGAGUCAGCGAGGUGAUGGCAGAAUUCAACACCUCGAGUAGCAUGCUCGGCUCUUUUGUCGUAUCCGUCUUCCUGUUGGGGUACUGCUUCGGCCCCUUUUUCAUUGCGCCACUCUCAGAGAUCUUUGGUCGAGUUCCUCUAUAUCAUACCUGCAACUUUCUGUUUCUCAUUUUCACGGUGGCCUGUGCCGUGUCACAGUCCAUGCCGCAGCUUAUUGUGUUCCGCUUACUGGCAGGCAUGGCAGGUGUCUGUCCUCUGACUAUUGGCUCAGGCACUGUAGCCGACAUGAUUCCUAAGGAGCGGCGAGCUGGAAUAUUGGCUGUCUGGGCGAUGGGGCCGAUUCUCGGUCCGGUCGUCGGUCCUGUUGCAGGCGGCUUUCUAUCUGAAGCAGAGGGCUGGCGCUGGGUUUUUUGGGUUCUUACCAUCACAACUGCUAUUAUGAUUAUAUUCACACUUAUAUUCUACCAAGAAUCCUAUGCUCCUGUGAUAUUGGAGCGCAAAGCUGCUCGCCUACGCAAAGAAAGCGGGAAUCCUGCACUGCGAUCAGUUUACGACAAGGGGAAUUUAACCUCACAGCUAUUCUUAACGGCACUCUCGCGCCCAUUGAAGCUACUUAUACUCUCCCCUAUUGUACUCCUGAUGGCGCUACUCUCUGCAACCGUAUAUGGUUAUCUUUAUCUCAUGUUCACCACCAUGACAUCAAUAUUUGAGGGUCAAUAUGGCUUCUCUUCGGGAAUCUCCGGGUUGACAUAUUUGGGCUUUGGAGUUGGCAGUCUCAUUGGACUGGCAGCCACAGGCAUCUCUGCUGACCGUAUCGCUCAAAAGCAUAUACAAAUGGACUGCUUCACCCCGGAAUCACGCCUACUGCCUAUGGUGAUUGGCUGUUGGUUCAUGCCCGUAGGCCUGUUCUGGUAUGGAUGGUCAGCCCAGGAGGACAUUCACUGGAUUAUGCCUAUCAUAGGAACUGCCAUCUUUGCGGUCGGUUUGAUCAGCGUGUUUAUGUCUGUCAGCACUUAUCUUGUUGACUCCUAUCUGCGCUACGCGGCAUCAGUCACCGCCGCCAACACUGCCCUGCGGUCCUUGGUGGGCGCUCUUUUACCAUUGGCUGGCCCUUCGAUGUAUGAUGCAUUGGGAUUGGGAUGGGGAACUUCGCUGCUAGCUUUCAUUGCACUAGCGAUGUGCUCGGUCCCUUUCUUAUUUUGGAGAUACGGAGGCAUUAUCCGGACCCACCCCCGGUUCCAGCUUGAACUCUGA